AUGUCAUGGCCACAAGUCACCGCAAUCCCUCGAGUGGCCUUUGAGCCGCUCGAAGAAAGGGAACCACAGUUCGAUCUGCCGAGCAUCAUCAGCAACAUUUUUAAUCCUGUGAGUGUCGCUCUCUCUUUCCUGGCUUGAAUCGCCGCUACGCUUUCUUUCGUCCUUAGAAUGAGCUUCACGCUCAUUCCUCAUGCUUGCCUGGCCUUCACAUGUCGCGUGCGAUGAAAGGGCGAUGACUCAUCUUCCUCUUCUCAAUCCUCUACGCGCGACACGUCUACUCGCUCGCAGGGUGGAGAUGACACGUCCACAUCGCAGACGUCCUCGACAUCCACCUCCUCCACCGAAUCCACCUCUUCGACGUCGCAGUCCACGCAGUCUACUUCAUGUGAGUAUGUCGCCCCCGCCCUCAUGCUCUCUUUCUCUUCUCUGUGAACCCAUCGGGUUUGCACUUUCGUUUCGCGUGCUAAAGGCUCCCAUUUGCGCAUCGGAUCCCACACCCAUUUCAUGUAACCAUGACUGACGCUUACCGCAGCAUCGUCCACCUACGACUCUCAAACGUCCUCCUCAUACACCUCGCCGUCUUCAACGUACUCGGAAACCUCAUCUUCACGAACGCGCACUGGCACUGCAGCAUCAUCGACUAGAGAAACGACAUCGUCGUCCAGCUCCUCUCGAACAAGGGAGACCAGCACCAGACCGACGUCUACCUACCAGCCACCGACCACGAGGACGACGUCGACUGCCAGCGUAUACACGUCGCAAUUCACAUCUGGCGGCUCCACCGUCGUUCAGACCCUCACUUCGACUAUUGCUCUCGUCGAGACCUUGGCACCCGAUCCCAACGCUCAGCAAAACACAUCCUCGGGCGGUGGAUCCGGCAACGGCGGCGUUGUUGGUGGUGUGGUAGGCGGUGUCAUCGGUGGUCUGGCAGCUCUGGUCGCUCUCGUUCUCCUCGGCAUCCUUUUGAAACGUCGACGCGAUCGUACUGGCCACGCAUACUUUUUGUGCCUUGGUACUAAACCCAACAGACACCUCGAUGGCGGCGACGGAGACUGGCCAACCUUUGACCCCAACUCUUCAAGCCUCGCAAGUGCAACCGGCGUUGGAGCGGCCGGGGCAGCGUUUGGUGCUGGCUCAAAGCGUGGUCGCCCAGCGACUCCUGGCGGUACUUUGCCGCAAGGUUUCGACGAUCCAGAAGCGCUCGGCGGUGAUGCCUCGAGUAACGGAGCUUCUGAUAUGCGCGAGUGGCAUAAUGGAGCGCCCGCAGCUGCUGCUGCUGCGGCGUACGCGAGGUCCAGACAAGAAUCUCACGGCGCCCUGUCGGACGGAUGGAGUCAACCUCCACUCUCAGCUUCUGGACCCAAUGGAUUCGGUGGUCCUUCAGACGACGGUCAUCACGUUUUGCCCGCUCCUGCUCAACAGCAAGCCUUGGCGGGGGCUGGUAAUGCCUGGGGAUUGCCAAUGGGCUACUCUCAUCCUCAGGCCACUGCAAGCGUCCCGUCUUCGGCAUCCCCGCCCCAGAAUGGCGUUUCCGGUCCUGACUACGGACACCUCGAUCCGCCUGAAGUGCAAGAGCAACGCGCUAGGGAAGCAGCCGCCGCUGCUGCUGCUGCCGGACCUAGUAAUCUCUACUCGAGUUCUGACCUUGCGCACCAGCAGACCGGCAACAGCGGAUACGGCAGCGGCAGUGGAGGCAGACCAGCCACAGCGUCCUCCAACCACGGCGGCGACGGCAUCUUUUCGGAUGCAGCAGCUGCAGAUGCCUACACGAAGACCGGUGGUGCGCCUGGCUCCCCUCGAUCGUACAACAAGAGACAGUCGAACGGUUCCAUGAUGUCGCUUGGAGGCCUCGCGCCCCCGACGUACUUUGGCAACAACAACCAAUUCGUCGAUGCGCAUUCGGGCACGCCUACUCGCGAAGAUGGCGAGUUCCAAUUCAGCAAUCCCAGGAGGCUGGCCCCGACCAACCCCGAUGCAUGA